UCUGCACUUUUACAGCAACAUUUCCAAAACUCACCUCAUCGUUUGGAUUCGGGUCACCGUACAAGUCCACGGUUGCCUUCUGAGAAUUGCUCGUUUCGGCUGCAGCCAUCCCGAGGGCCAGAGAUCAUUCAGUGGAUGAAAAUGCUGGUGGCUGGCUUGUGCCAGACAGGAUGGAGACCUGCGGUCACUGGACUGGUACCAACCCGUUGUUACCGUGGCGAUGCACCGGAUGAUGCCAAAACUGAUCUAAUUGAGAUCCCCUUGCCUCCUUGGGAAGAAAAAUCCGGAGAGCCCAUUGACAUCAAAAGACGGCGCUUGCUCUAUGAGAGUCGUAAAAGGGGCAUGUUGGAAAACUGCAUAUUGCUCAGCCUUUUUGCCAAACGAUACCUGAAUACGAUGAGUGAGAGCCAGCUGCAGCAGUAUGACAGACUGAUUAACGAACCAAGUAAUGACUGGGACAUAUACUACUGGGCAACAGAGGCACAACCCACGCCAGACGUUUACCAAGGAGAGAUCAUGGAUAUGCUGAAAGAGUUCACAAAGAAUCGUAAUCAGGAACAGAGGUUGGAUGCACCGAGCUUGGAAUACCUGGAAAAGGAAGCCUAACUAGGAACUCAACCGAUAGACUCUUCUUCAUUUGGGUGCUUAAUGAAAUAUGGUGACGUAACCUAUUAUUGAAGCCAUUUGGCUGGGCUACUGUACUUACUGAAGUCAGUUUUGAGCAAUGUAUUGUAAUGUAUCUACAAUACAUUGAAAAUGUUUUAUUCUUGCUAUAUCCAUAUGCCACUUCAUAUUUGAGCCUUAAAAGUGAGGCAUCAAAACUGAUCAUUGUGUUACCAUUUACUUGGGGUGAUUGUAAGCUGCUUCACCAUCGAUUUGAUUUGCAUAGAAUAUAAAUGAACUUGUUUUGUGCUGUACUGUAAUUAGUGUACUAAACACAACAUUAAUAAAUGUUGAUAUUUGUA